UAGUAUUUUUCUGUAGAUUUUACAGUAUUUUUUACUUUCCUGAUCACAGUCACACUCUGUCUAUUGACAAUGCCGCUUGGAAACGCUGGGCGAAUUGCUGUUUGUUGGGGAAUUUUAACUGUUGGUGGAGUAUAUGCAUUUGUGCUUUCAAAAAGAUCUGUGGACAACCGCCGAUUCGAAACAUUACGUGUGCGGGACCGUAUGAAAAAAGCUAAUCAAGGCGAAUACGAUCACACUAUUUCUAGCAGGCGUUUCGACUAAAUAAACCUCAACGUUAUAUUGUUGACAUAACCAGCAAAACUUAUAAAAAGAAUUAAAAUCAUACACAUUUAAAAUGGCAAUGCCCCAAAUAAGCGUGGCUGACCAGGCCAAAUUACAGCUGAUGCAAGAGAUGGAAAUUGAAAUGAUGUCGGAUUUAUAUAACCGCAUGACAAACGCUUGUCACAAGAAGUGCAUUCCACCUCGCUAUGGUGAAUCGGAGUUGGG